UCCGCCAUUUUCACGCAAUCAUCCGAAUUCGGAGGCAUUUUACGAUAGGAUAGGCUUUCACGAGACACGAGCAGAGACACGACGACGUGAUACGAUCGUAAUAUGAGAUGAGUUGCUACACUGGAGUUCAGUGGCGCCGCCGUAUGUCGCUUCGGUCGAUAUUAGUUUUCAUAUCUUACAAUCGGAUAGUUCAGAUAGACGCACAAAGCACGUGUUCAAGAGAACGAUAUUAAAGAUAUUCGUCGUGAAAUUAUAUUAAUUUCUAUCAAAAUAAUGAAUGAAUCGGUUAGUAAAAUGGAGGUAGAUGAAAGUUUACAAGAAGGAGGAGGACUUAGUUACGAAGACAAAUUGAAAUAUGUUAAUUCUAUUGCUACGCCAAUGGCAUCGAGAAAAUUGGCAAAGAAAAUUUAUAAAUGUAUAAAAAAAGCGUCGAAACAUAGAACGUAUCUUCGCAAUGGGUUAAAAGACGUGCAGAAACACAUACGUAAAGGAGAAAAGGGAUUAGUCGUUUUUGCCGGGGAUGUUUUUCCAAUAGAGAUAAUGUGUCAUUUACCAAUCGUCUGCGAGGAUAAAGAUAUUCCGUACUGCUAUACUCCUUCCAGAUUGGAUAUUGGUACCGCUAUGGGGGUAAAACGUGGUAGCCUUAUGGUACUUAUCAAAGAACAUCCAGAAUAUAAGGAUCUAUAUGAUGAAUUAGCGAGUACAAUGAAAACAUUGGCAGCGCCUUUAUAAUUAUACAAUUAAGCAAUACCGAAUUUCAAGGACAUUGUAAAUAUAAUACAUAGGUUAUUCUUUUAAUAUCAUAAAUAAUUCAAACUCGUAAAAGAAUACAACAUUUCUCCAAAUGAAACGAAUUCGUUACGGUUUCAUUGCAGGACAUAAUAUGUAAUAGAAAUAUGAAUCGUAUCGAUAUAAAAAAUUGUAAACAGAA